CCUAUAACUAUCGAGCGACCCAAGGCGCUUCUGCCGCUCGUCAAUGUGCCGAUGAUCGAGUACGCGCUGGAAUGGCUGGCAAUGAACAACAUCGAGGAGACAUUUGUGUUUUGCUGUGCGCAUGCCGACCUCAUAAAGCGCUACCUGUCCGAGUCUAAGUGGGCGUACAGCAAGGACAUGAAGGUGACCCCCAUAGUAUCCACAAAUUGCCUGUCCGCGGGUGAGGCUCUGCGCCUCAUCGACCAGCGCGACCUGAUCAAGGGUGAUUUCGUGCUGUGCUCCGCGGACAUCGUGUCCAACAUGAAGCUGGCGCCCAUGCUGGAGGCGCACCGGGCUAGGAGGGCGGCGGAUAAGAACGCAAUCAUGACUCUGGUGUCCGUGCGUGUUUCGCACCCGCCACAUCGCCGACCCUGCAGGUGGGGGCCCACCCUCUCCAGCCCACCCACCCCUCCCCAGCCCUCCCCAGCCCUCGCUGUGUUUUCUUUCCCUUGUUUGACCACUCCUCGGCCCCCUUGCCAACCCCACUCCCCUCGUCGCCAGAUUCGUUGCGACCUGCUGGACACCAACAUCGCUAUUUGCGCGCCCGAGGUCCUGCUGCUCUUCUCGGACAACUUCGACUACCAGAACAUCAAGCGCGACUUCGUGUCGGGUGUGUUAUCGGAAGAGGAGCUGGGUAACAAGCUGCAUGUGUAUGAGCUGCGGCACCACGAGUACGGCGCCCGCGUGCACAACCUGCGCUCCUAUGACGCCGUUAGCCGGGACCUACUGCAGUGCUGGGCCUUCCCCUUCGUGCCGGACACCAACGUGUUUACGCUGGGGGGGAACCCUACUUGGGGCCAGACUAGCUACCGGUAG